AUGGGGCACUUUUCCAAACCUGUGCAACAGACAUCCAGACCAUUGCAGGUGGUGUUACUUGGUAAAACAGGAGCAGGGAAGAGUGCAACGGGAAACACCAUCCUGGGACGAAACGCAUUUCCCUCAAGGAAAAGAUUAAAAUCAGUGACUGCUGAUAUUGAGAAACAAAAUGUCACCAUUGAAGGAAUAGAUCUUGUCGUGUAUGACACUCCAGGAUUCUGUAACCCCGAUCAAUCUGAAGAGCAAAUUCAGGAGAAAUUCCAGGAAGUCCUCAAGUUAACCUCAUCUGGUCCCCGUGUGUUUCUCCUGGUGGUGAAGAUAGACAGAUUAACAGAAGAAGAGAAGAGGGUCAUUAGUAAAAUAGAAGGUCUUCUAGGAGAGAGUCUUUUGAAGCAAACCUGGAUCCUGUUCACCAGAGGAGAUGAGUUGGAAGACCAGACUAUAGAAGAAUUCAUUGAGGAGUCAGAUGACCUCACAGAAGUGAUGAGAAAAUACAGUGGAAGAUACCAUGUGUUCAACAACAAGAGGGGUGAUCCUGAGCAGGUCAAAUCACUGCUGCAAAAGACAUCCAUCUAUCUCAAUUCAACACUUUCAAGGAGCUCCUCCAUCAGGAAUCGCCCAGAGAGAAGGAUUGUUCUGCUUGGAAAAACCGGUGUUGGGAAGAGUGCAUCAGGAAACACCAUCCUUGGUGGGACGAGUUUCCAUUCUGAACUGAGCUCGUCCUCUGUAACACGUAAAACAGAAAGGAAACAGGCAGCAGUAGAUGGGAGGGAUGUCAGUGUGGUUGACACUCCAGGACUGUUUGACACACAGCUUCCUGUUGAAGAAUUAGCAAAGGAGAUUGGUAUGAGCAUCUAUGAGUCUAGCCCAGGGACUCAUGCCUUCCUCAUAGUUUUACGAGUGAAUGACAGGUUCACAGAGCAGGAGAAACAAGCUAUUGAAACUCUAGAGAGUGUGUUUGGGUCAGGACUGACAAAGCACUCCAUCAUCCUCUUCACCCAUGGCGAUGCUUUAGAGGGUAACGGUCUAGAGAAGCUGAUUGGUGGGAACAGAGACCUCAGUAGAUUGGUAGAGCAGUGUGGGGGGAGGUACCAUGUCCUCAACAAUAAAGCCAGAGGAAACAGAGCUCAGGUCACAAAGCUGAUGGAGAAGAUAGACAGAAUAGUGGAGGACAAUGGAGGAACCUGCUACACCAAUGAGAUGUUUGAGGAGGCAGACAGGAUUAAGAAAGAGGAUGAGGAGAGGAUCCAGAGGGAGGAGAGGACCCAGAGGGUGGAGGAGAGGACCCAGAGGGAGGAGGAGAGGAUCCAGGGGGAGAAAGGAUUUGAGGGAUUUUGGGAUAGAUGGGGGAAAAAGAUUAUAGGUGCAGUGGUUGUUGCAGGAUUAGUGCUUUAUGUAGGUGGUUUAGCAGGUCCCUUUGUAGGUUGGAAAGCUGGGGAAAGCAUUGCGAUAUGUGGUGCUGUGGUAGGUGGUGCGAUAUUUUUCACGAGUUCCUGAAUCUCCUGAAAAAUAUAAACAUCUGGCAGCAAAGUUGUCAGUCAAAAAUCACCAACAGUAAUUUACUGUGAAAUGCAGUGUUGGUAGCUAUUACAUCCCCAAUCAUUCUGAAAAUGUGUCUUAACAACCUACACUCCAAUUCAACUUAGAGCCUAAUACAAUAAUAGGCCCACAGCUUUAUGAAAAUCUUGUCUGCACGCAUAAUUUAAAUGUCUUUUAUUUUUUUUACAUACAGUAUAACAUGAUUAAAGCUAUAGUAUAUAACAGGGGUCUCUAACCCUGUUCCUGGACAGCUACCCUCCUGUAGGUUUUAACUCCAACCCUGUUCCUGGACAGCUACCCUCCUGUAGGUUUUAACUCCAACCCUGUUCCUGGACAGCUACCCUCCUGGAGGUUUAUAUGCUGUUGUUGAAAUGUUUUUCUUGAUUUUUGUUAUUAAAAUGCUUAUUUUACCCAGA